CGCCGCUCACUCUGCUCCCCCGGGUCGAGCCCCCCGGAGCUGCGCGCCGGCUUGCAGCGCCUAGCCCGCGCCGACUUCCCCGCGCCCGGCUUCGCGCUCUCGUGUCGCCGGCCUUGCAGAGCCCACGAGCAGAGCGAGCGGGUCCGGGACGAGCUCGGGCUCCGGCUGCCUCGCGCUUCCCCGACUCGGCUGCCUCCGCCCCCCCCGGGGGUCGCUAGUCCACGAUGCCGCGGGGCCCUGGCUCGCUGCUGCUGCUGGUCCUCGCCUCGCACUGCUGCCUGGGCUCGGCGCGUGGGCUCUUCCUCUUCGGCCAGCCCGAUUUCUCCUACAAGCGCAGCAACUGCAAGCCCAUCCCGGCCAACCUGCAGCUCUGCCACGGCAUCGAGUACCAGAACAUGCGGCUGCCCAACCUGCUGGGCCACGAGACCAUGAAGGAGGUGUUGGAGCAGGCGGGCGCCUGGAUUCCGCUAGUCAUGAAGCAGUGCCACCCGGACACCAAGAAGUUCCUGUGCUCGCUCUUUGCCCCUGUCUGUCUCGACGACCUAGACGAGACUAUCCAGCCGUGCCACUCGCUCUGCGUGCAGGUGAAGGAUCGCUGCGCCCCGGUCAUGUCCGCCUUCGGCUUCCCCUGGCCCGACAUGCUGGAAUGCGACCGUUUCCCGCAGGACAACGACCUCUGCAUCCCCCUCGCUAGCAGCGACCACCUCCUGCCGGCGACAGAGGAAGCUCCGAAGGUGUGCGAGGCCUGCAAAACUAAAAACGACGACGACAAUGACAUUAUGGAAACUCUCUGUAAAAAUGAUUUUGCACUGAAAAUCAAAGUGAAGGAGAUAACCUACAUCAACAGAGACACCAAAAUCAUCCUGGAGACGAAGAGCAAGACCAUUUACAAGCUGAACGGUGUGUCUGAAAGAGACCUGAAGAAAUCGGUGCUGUGGCUCAAAGACAGCCUGCAGUGCACCUGUGAGGAGAUGAACGACAUCAACGCGCCCUAUCUGGUCAUGGGACAGAAACAGGGUGGGGAGCUGGUGAUCACCUCAGUGAAGCGGUGGCAGAAGGGCCAGAGAGAAUUCAAACGCAUCUCCCGCAGCAUCCGCAAGCUGCAGUGCUAAUUUGCUAGUGGGGUGGCUUCUGACUAGCCAGGCCCAGGGCUCCAUGGACCACUUCCGCUCUGCGAACUCACUUCCGGUGUCCCAAGCACAAUCCCGAACGCUCCAACUCCAACUUGCCCUGCCUCUUGCAUGUGUGUGCCCCUAACAUUCCCUGAGUUAUAAGGCCCUCGGCGGCCUCGGGAAUGGAUAGCUGUCUUCACAUAAAGCGAAAGCCCGUCCGGAUCUUGUAGAAAUAUCCAAACUAAUAAAAUCGUGACUAUUUUUAUGAA